ACAACGAUAAUUGAACACCGAAAGGACACAACAACAUUGACUGCAGCCAAAACGUAUGAGCAAACUACCACAUCGACUCGAGUCACGACUACAACGGGCCAGAUUAUAAGAAAAAGAACCACAACUAGACCACUGAUAACGACAACUAAACCGGCACAUACGAACACAAAUGUUAGCAGUCAGUACACCACAUAUCUACCCAGGAAUACGACAGCGUAUCAGAAUAUUUCCAACAUCACUGACAUGUCUGAUAUCAAGCAAAAUACUUCCUAUCAACCUGGAAACACGACCGUUUAUCAGAAUGAAUCCAUAGUAGUUUAUACGUCUACCGAAGGUCUACCAAAUACUACUUAUUUACCGAGGAAUACUGCUGUGUUUCAUACUGAGUCGCAAAUUAACAAUAAGCAGGCAAGUACAAAUUACUACACCCAAACUAUUUCACAACGGGAUAGAACAGACAAUGGUAUAAGUAACGAGUGUUUGGGGAUGCAGGGAUGGCCAUUAGGUUGGCUUUGGAGUUGGAAAUGUGAUGAGAAAAAUCAACCGAGGAACAACAAUGUCUCCAAAGAAUCGAAUAUUGAGGCCACUACGCCAUACAAUAUAGCGACAACACUAACACUGUCCACCACACAAAACGUCAAAGCAAACGUAGCAACUGAAACCAGUCUCACAACUACCAAACGAAUUCUACACAACCAAAACACGACUUUGCCACACCUGACGAAUAUGACAAAGGUUUAUAAAGGCAGUGGGACAAUCGGACCUGAUCAAAAUACGACAUUGUCUUUCCAUCCGACAGAGAAUUACAAAGCCAAAAACACAGUAGAGUCUGACAGCAAACUAGAGAUGCUUCGUUGGCCAACAACUGCACGGUCAACUCAAUUCCCAAUUACAAAGUCAGCGAGAGAAAAUGAGAAGACGGAAAGAAUACCAAGAAUUCCCAUGCCCCUUCGACGACCAAAAGAACCACCAAAAAGCACCCCUCCACUAGAUCACACCUUGACUCUACACGUCCAAACAAAAUCAACGACAGAGGGGACAAAACUACCGAAAUCGACGAACACACAGCAUCCUGUGGAAUCAAAACCCACUACUUGUAAGAAAGUAAAUGUAUCGCAGUAUCAAGUGAAACCAGAAGAUCAACAUCCAAGUUCAAAGGGCAGAAAUUCCAACAAGCGAAAACCACCUAAAGCCAAAGGGAAGCGACCUAACCGUGGGAGGCUUCAUGAACGAGGGAAAAAUAAGACAAGCACUGUGAUUCGUCGUCCUGAAAAGCAUAGACUAAGCCGUCGACGGAUCCCUAAGAAAGACAGGCCCACGGCAAACCGGCAAUUGAGCAGUACGAACCGUGGCGAACUUGUUCAACCGAAGGGAGACAGAUUCCAUACACCAGCUGCCUUGUCCAGACUUACUACCCAAAGUACUCUUACUCAUUCAACCCCUACCAUGGAGAAACAACCUGAUGUACCCACGCAAAUCAAUGAACAGUCAGCACUGGUGAGGAGAUUGACUGAGUCUUUCUCCACUCAUACAAAAGACACAAGCACAAUUCUUCAGACAGCACCUUCUACGCCAACCUUCCCAAUGACCUGGAUAAAAAGAAUCAACGAAAAGCUCUUGAAGUUCAACACUUCCAUCCACCUAGACAGGAUCGUCUCUGGAGUCCAUGUGUGGCGGAUCUUCAGUACGGAUAAGAAGGUACCAGCUAACAGCAAGUGUGUCGCUACCGCGCUGUGA